CCACCAUUAACGCCACCCCAUAUGGCGGUCGGAGCCUCUUCGGGACCGUCGCUGCCACAAACUCCGACGUGGGCUUUAUCCACCGUCUGCUUCUUCAUCAUAUUCGCCUCCAUUCUUCUAGAGCACGCCAUUCACCUUCUCAUCAACUGGCUAAGAAGGCACCGGAAAACCGCUCUUUGUGAAGCUGUCUACAGGCUGAAAUCCGAGCUGAUGUUGUUAGGGUUCAUGUCGCUGAUAUUAGCGGUGGCUCAGGAGCACAUUUCCGGCAUCUGCAUACCCACACGGCUGGCCGAUAUCAUGCUUCCAUGCCGGAAGCGGACAGACCACCGUAAACAUACCACUGAAGAGCAUUUCUCUGUUAAUGGCUUCGCCGGAGCUCUGUCGCCGGCGGGCAUUAUGAAUUAUACUACUAGUGCUAGUCCAUGGACUAUGCUGGCACGCCGAGGAUUAGCCGACAACGAAGACGCCAGUGAUGCUGCCACCGAUUCUUGUAGCUCCAAGGGAAAGGUUCCAUUAGUGUCAAUGGAAGGGAUUCAUCAGCUUCACAUAUUCAUUUUUGUGCUGGCUGCCAUGCAAAUUGUUUACAGUGUCAUCACCAUGGGUUUGGGCAGCGCUAAGAUGAGGCGGUGGAAAGCUUGGGAGGAAGAAACUCAAACAACUGAGUACCAGGUUGCAAAUGAUCCAAACAGAUUCAGAUUCACAAGGCAAACAACAUUUGUGGGAAGACAUAUGACUCAUGCUACAGAAACAUCACUUCACCUGUGGAUUAGAUGUUUUUUCAGACAGUUCUUCCAUUCAGUAGCAAAGGUUGAUUACAUCACAUUGAGACAUGGUUUUAUAGCGGCUCACUUUUCAGAAAGGCACAACUUCAAUUUCCAAAAGUACAUACAGAGAUCUCUAGAGCAAGACUUUAAAGUGGUGGUCAGCAUCAGGCCUCACAUGUGGCUAAUAGUAGUCAUCUUCAUGCUUGUGGAUGUCCAUGGUUGGAACGUUUAUGUCUGGAUAUCUCAUGUUCCUCUUCUGACGGUGCUUAUGUUGGGAACCAAACUUGAAGUGAUACUAGCAAGAAUGGCUCUUCAACUCAACAAUCAGAACAAUGUGAUCAUAGGAACACCGCUUGUUCAGCCUGAUGAUCAUCUCUUCUGGUUUGCACGGCCCAGAUUUGUUCUCACUCUCCUACAUCUCAUUCUCUUCGUGAAUGCAUUCGAUGUCGCCUUCUUCAUCUGGGUCACGAUACAGUUUGGAUUGGAUUCUUGCUACCAUGAGCAUACAACGAUUCUUGUAACGAGAAUGGUGUUUGCGGUGUCAGUUCAGGUUAUAUGCAGCUACAUCACACUUCCCCUCUAUGCACUUGUCACACAGAUGGGAUCACAGUUGAAGAGUAAGGCAUUAGCAGAGCACGUUGCGGGAAUUAUAAGGCAGUGGCAUGCCCAAGUUAGACGACGGAGGAGGGAAGAAGAAGAAGAAGAAGAAGAAGAAGAAGAAGAAGAAGUUGCAGCUGCAGGCUCAUCAUCGAUCGAUCGAGCUUGGGUGCCAGACCAGCUGGUACAGUUGCCAGAAGUGAGGAGAGACAACAUUUGAAGAUGAUCAAUUACCUACAUAUAUAUAUAUAUAUAUAUAGAGAGAGAGAGAGAGAGAGAGAGAGUGAAUCUUAAUUUUGUCCAUGUAUGGGGAAAUUUCAGCUAUCUUUUGUACACAAGUUGAUCAUUUAGAAAGUCACUUAAUUAUAUACU